AAACUGAAUCAGUGGUGCUGUUUCAUUUAGCAGUUCGGACGACACUUUAGACAAUUUUAUAUAUACCUAAUGAUUAUAAAUUAUUAUUUGUUAUAGUUUAUAUAUAUAUUAUAUAGUGUCUUGAAGGCAUUUGAUGUUUCAAGGCUAAAGACAUUCAGAGAGCCCUGCAUGAAGAGACAGAACAUGGCAGCAGGUAAUCGCUAUGAGUGGCAGUUGUAUGAUGGACAGCGGUGGUCUUCUAUCUGUAAUGAUAUUGUCAUUGAAACCCAUUACUGUCAGCCAGGGGCUACUGGUAUCACCAUCUACACCAGCAUGGGGUCUCUCUUUAUUGACUUUGAAGCUAUGACAAUCAAUGGACCUAUUACUAACCUCAGUAUACGACGCAAAAUGUUUCUGAACUACAAUCAGAAGCAAAAAGUAGGCUGGUACUACAAAGACAACCAUCACUGGUUCGAAUAUGGAUCCCAGGGAUCCGGUGGGAACACAUCCUCAAUUGGAAGUGAUUAUAUAGAGCAACAAUAUAACAACAACCCAACAGGCUCAGUCCAGUUUACUGCAGGAAACAUGAUUUACAUAGUGGACUUCACUGCCAUGACUCAAACCAAUCUGUCCACACACAUGACGAGAAAAGUGAAACGGCGACCAAAAUUCAAUUCAAUAGUAACAGACAACAGUUCGCCAACGUUGGAAUCUCCCACUACAAAUUCAACAGAUUCAUCGACUGAAUUCAUCUGGGAGUUUAAUGGUGAUGAAGGCAUUUGGACUGAGUACCAGAAACCAGGAUGUUCUUUGGAUAGUGCAGAAAUCGAGAGAUUGUAUCAGCUAAACCCUGAAUGCCAGGUUUCAUUCACAGCUGGACGAUACACUUACACUCUUUACUUUGGUGGGAUGUAUCAAGUAAAUAAUAGGUUUGGUACAAAAAGACAAGUGAGAAGAAUAGACAGUGGAGUCCAGCAAACCAACAGUGCAUUUUCGCAAGCUCGCUGGCAGUUCCAAGACGUGGAUGGCAACUGGAAGGAAUACUCUAAAGGUGGUUCCCAGGGUCAUUGCAGUGUGUCAAGUCAAGAUAUUGAGGCUCAGUAUCAACAGGACUCUACUGGGACAGUAAAAUUCUGGACGGGCAGGUUCCACUAUGAGCUGGACUUCUCAGACAUGUCCCAGACAAACCUGUCUUACCACACUAGGAGGUGUGUACGCCGCCUUCAGCAAUAAAAUCUCACCUGCCUAUUCUUAUGUUUAAUUGUAUCUUUAUGUACAUGUUCUCAGGAUACCAGUUAAAUAGAUAGUUCACCCAAACAUCAUUUACUCACCUUCGUGUCGAUCUAUACCCAUAUAUCGGACACGAAAAGAGAAAUUUUUAAUUACUGUUGUCUAUGCUCUUUUCCUUGCAUUGAAUGGGGACAGAAGCUUUCAGGCUUCAAAAGGAAUGCAUAAAUGCCAUGAAAGUAUCAUAAAAGUGCACUAAUCCAGGUCAUCUAAUGUUAUACAAUAGCUUUGUUAGAGAAACACACUGGAAUUUAAGUGAUUAUUCACAAAAAAACCUUAAUUUUGGCUCUAGAGAAAGUAGUGAUGUCUGAUUCGUGAAUGAAUCUUUCUUUCGACUUGGGUCUUUUCAAUGAAUCAGUUGAAAACAAUCUCAUAAAUUUCACUAUUUUUCACACAAAGCUAUCGUAUAGAUUCAGAAGACUUUGAAUGCAGUGCACAUGGUCAACUUUUAUGAUAUAACAUGUUUGGAGCGAUAUGAGUGCGUGUAAAUGAUGACAGAAUUUUUGGGUGAACGAACCCUUUAACUUCAGAAUGUCUAAUGCCCAUUCUUAACUUUAAUACACACUGCCUGUAUGUGCUAAUCAAAUUAUGUUUUGCUUUAUUUGUACAGACUAACCUAUAGAUAGUGUAUGUGCAUAGAAUUGUUUAACUGCCAUUAUGUAACAACUUUUUUUCAAUAUUAAAUGUUUACAAGUUUUUCCACAAGUUUUACUAGGACUGACAGUGGCUUUCACCAUUUUUCUAAAGCCAAUGGCACAAUGGUUUUUGUUUUUCAGUUAUGGGAGUAAUGAUGCAAAAUAUACUGUAUAUAGAACAGGCGAAGGGACAUGUUUUUAUUUGCAGUGCUAGUAAACCAUGGUGUGGUUCUGUUUUUAACCUUGUGUGACCCCCACAAAACUACAACUGGUAAGAAACCUAAUUAAGUUUUUAGUAUCAUCCGAUAUGCCAUUUUUUAAAUUUGAGUGAUUUAUCACAAAAAGCCACUCUGUUAAACACA